AUGGACGGUAAGCGGCUGCAACGGCCCGGCUUCGGCCAGCCCAUCUAUAUCGACAAGUCAUAUCCGCAAAGCUUCCGCAGCGCCGUGCUCGGCUGGAGGCCGGAGCCGGUGACAGAACGCGAGCGCAGCAUGCUCGCCGUCAUCAACGCUCUGACCGAUAAGCCUGACUGGGAGCACAAGGUUUUCGACGACUCCAUCGUCGCGCGGUGGCGUGCAGAGGCCGUUUACGAGGCACCGCCGCUCCGAACGUGGACACGCAAGACGUUCACCACGCGGCAGGGGUUCGACGACGCCAUGUUCGACUUCUGCAUUGCCGAGCUCCGCGACAAGGCCGCCGUCUACGCUGAGAAACGCUUUGUCCGCAUUCUCGACACCGCCGCCGCCGUGGCCAAGUCCGACGUCAUCAUCCCAGCGGGCCUCCGGCACGAGCUUGUCCAGGCGGUGGCAGAGCUGCUCGAGGACGUGCCGGAGUCCAAGAAGGACUGGCACCCCGGCUCGGAUGGGCAGGUGCUGGACCUGGUGCACCCGUCGCUGUUCCCCUUCGUCUACGGCCGCUCGAGGAUCCUGGGGGACGGCCGCACGCUCGGGUUGGAUGACUGCUUGGCUGCGGCUGGCGGCGGCGAGACGGUGCCGCGCCCGUGGGUCGAGAAGGUUUGGGGCUCCAUGAAUAACGUGUGUCGGUACUGGGACAAGCCGUUGUGGUCCAAUCACUUCCAGUGGCUGCCAUGCGACGUCGCCUUCACGGACGAGGGUAAGACGCGCAUCAGCAGCUAUGUCAACAACUUGCAUCCCGUCAAACAGAGAGCUUUGUACUCGCUCAUCGAGCGCGUCAUGGAUGCUGCCCUCCCGCUGUGGGAGGACAUCUUGGGAUAUACGGGGACAGAUCAAGAGCCCUCCACGUACCUGCGCGUGCUUCUUGAUGAUUCGUAUUACAUCUACCACGACAAGCAGGAUGACCAUCAAGGUGACGAUGGCGAUGGCGGUGACGAACGCAAAUGCGAAUAUGAAGAGGACGGAAAGGACGAAGGCGAUGAGAACGAAAAGGACGAAAGUGAUGAGAACGAAGAGGACGAGGGUGAUGAGGGCGAAGAGGACGAAGGCGAUGAAAACGAAGAAGACGAAGGCGAUGAGAACGAAGAAGACGAAGACGAUGAGUACAGCGACGAGGAAGAAGGAAAAGAAUUAGACUCGGACCGCGAGCUCAUAUUUCCGAGUGUCCAGCCCUACUCUCAUGACGACAGCAAGAACGUUUUCAUGGACGUCAAAGCCAACCUCCGCGAGCAGUUCGCGUCGCAAGGUCUCCAGGUCAUUGUCAAGCUCGCAAACAUCUGCCUCACGCCCGACAAGCCCGACUACCCCGGCGGAUCAUGGCACGUUGAGGGUAUGCUAAACGAAUGGAUCUGCGCCACUUCCAUCUUCUACUACGACUGCGACAACGUCACCGACAGCUACCUGGGGUUUCGGCAGAAUGUCAACCCCGAGGUUCUAACCGAGAAGGCAGAGGGGCAGAACGAUUACGGUGGGCUUGAGUUUCUCUACAGCAUCAAGCAGUGCGAGGCCUCUGUUCAGAACGUAGGCCGUGUCUUGACGCGGGAAGGCCGCCUGCUUGCCUUUCCAAACGUCCUGCAGCACCGCGUCGAGCCCUUUAGCCUACAGGACCGUUCUAGGCCAGGUCAUCGUAAGAUCCUUGCCCUUUUCCUCGUUGACCCGCACCAGCGCAUCAUCUCGACAGCAAACGUCCCACCGCAGCGUAAGGAUUGGUGGUCUGAGGAGAUUUUGAAGGAAGGGGUUGGAAAGCUUCCAACGGAGCUGACGGAAUUGAUCGUCUCGAGUGCAGAAGAAUGGCCGAUGGGUAUGGAGGAGGCCAAGGAGCUAAGGGGCAAACUUAUGUCGGAGCGAACGGCGAACAUGGUCCAAGUUGAGAGCGCCGUGUUCGGUCAAGUCAGCUUCUGCGAGCACUAG